AUGACCUCACCUGAAAAACUGGCAAUUGUGCCUGAAGAUAAUCUACCGGUACUAGAUCAUGGGCCGAGCAUUACAGAAGACAAGCAGACCGCUGUCCGAUCAGAAAAGCGUUCGCGCGAAGAUGAAAGAGCCGUCGCACAACAAAUCCCGCCUGGGGAUGACGCCAGCUUGACGGAUCACCUUCCACGCGUAACAGAUCACCUUCCAGCGUCAGUUAUUAUAGCAUUGUUCAUUGGCGCAGCAGAACGCUUCACAUAUUACGCCUUGACAACACCUUGGCAGAACUAUAUGCAAAAUGCCCGUAAUCAGGCCACACCUGGAGCUCUCGGUCUCGGCCAAUCAACAGCGACCAACAUCUCUAAUGCCUAUCUAUUCUUCUCCUUCUUGUGUCCGAUGCCUUUCGCCAUACUGUCAGAUACCUGGCUGGGGAGAUAUAAGACACUGCUGUUGAGCUUGGGAAUAUAUAUGAUCGGGUGCUUGGUGUUCUUUUUGACAUCAAUUCCCAAAUCGCUCGAGGCAGGAGCCGGCGUUGGCGGUCUGGCGAGUGGAAUGAUCCUGAUUGGUCUCGGCCAGGGCGGCGUCAAAGCCACUUUCUCUCCGUUUUUAGGAGACCAGUAUAACCAGAAGGAUGCGCCAGGCGUUUCGACGACAAAGACUGGGAAGCGUGUGAUCAAGGAUAGCGCCUUGACCUUACAUUAUAUCUACAAUCUCUUUUACUGGGCCACUAAUGUUGCGUCGUUAUCGUCAGUCCCUUCGACAUUUCUAGAGAAAGACUUCGACUUCUGGGUUGCAUAUCUCUUUGCUGCAUGCUCUCUGCUCAUCUCAGUUGGGCUUCUUGUUAUAUUUCGCUCAAAACUCGUCAAAGUUUCUCCCCAGGGUAACAGAUUACCUACUGCAGCGAAGGUGAUUCUUUGUGCCAUGAGAAACGGCUGGAAGAUGAACAAUGCCAAGCCUUCACAUCAGUUGAGCGUCUACGGUAAAGUGGUAUCUUGGGAUGAUGAGUUCGUAGAUGAGUUGGUGAUGGGGUUGUCAACUUGUCGAGUUCUGCUGUCUUUCGCAAUCUUUUACCUAUGCAUCAACCAGAUGUAUAACAAUCUAAUAUCACAAGCGGGACAGAUGGAGCUGCAUGGAGUACCUAACGAUAUGAUCCAGGCUCUGGCCGGAAUCGCCUGUGUUCUACUCGGACCCGCCAUCCAGUGGAUGAACGACGCCAUCGCACACCGCAAUUUGUUCUUUGGUCCUAUGCUACGCAUAACGCUCGCAUUCGUCUUCUGUAGCGGUGCUAUGGCGUUCUCCGCCGGGCUUCAGAACCUGAUAUAUGAUGCACCGCCGUGCUACAACGCGCCACGGGCGUGUGGCUUCGAGGGGCCCAACUACAUCAAUGUCUGGAUUCAAACUCCCGUGUAUUUCAUUCUUGCAGCGGCUGAAAUAUUAGGGUUUGUAACGGCUAGCGAAUACUCGUACCGAAAAGCACCCCGAGAUAUGAAGUCCAUCAUUCAAGCGUUUGUCCAGUUGACGGCGGCGUUUGGGAGUGCUCUGGGCAUGGCUAUCAGCCCUGUUGCAAAGGAUCCUUAUCUGGUAAUCAUGUAUUCGUCAUUGGCAGCAGCCAUGGCGAUCUGUGGAAUAAUCUUUUGGUUAUGCUUCAGGUCCUAUGAUAAAGCUGAGAAGGCGGCUAGCCAUAUGGCUAGGAGUAGUGGUGUUGUUGAAAACCAAGAAUAG